CGCCUUCAGAUCAUCUCGGCAACGAAGCAGUUACAUUUUUUGUUCCCCCCUCCUCUUUGGCAGUUUAAUGGUUAAGCAGGCUGUGCGUUUCACUACUCGAUACCAGGAAAUACAACACUCCAAGUAACACCUGGGGAAGGUGCACCUGACAGAACAGGGAGACCCUCAGCAGGUAAGUAGCCCAAAUCCCUGAGACCCAUUUAGUCUCUGAAUGUACCUCCAGCAGACAGACCCCCCACCCUUCCCAGCAAUACUGCACACCUGCAAUUCAUUUACUCCAGACUUUCCCUUCCGAGCUUUCUCCGGCUACUUUCCAUGAGCAGGACUCAGGCGUGUUCCAUUUUAUCUCCUCUCCCUAUUGAUCUAACACACCUAGCAGCAGUAUCGAUAUGUACUAAGCAGGGAAUCGUGGAUUUUAAUAUAGCCAUGCAUGUUAUGCCUUUACAAUUAGUGUUCCCAAUUACUUAUUGUGUGUCUGCUAUUCAUAUCUUUGUUUUUGUUUUAUUUAUUGAUGACAGUAAAAUAUAUUGAGAUUUGAUUAACAUGUAAUGUUUGUGUUAAUAAAAUGUACAUGUAGACAGAUACUCUACCGUAUCACUUAGUUUAAGGAAGCACAAUACAGAUCGUAAUAGUCGUUGUUUUUGUGUUGCUUUUUGUUUAUUUUUUGUGUGUAUAUUUUAAUAGUUUUUUCAUUUUAGAGAGAGAUUUACCUAGGCACAAACAAUUACUAUUUUGAAGCAAAGAGUUAAAUAUGGUGGAAACCAUUAGAAUGUCUCAACGUUUAGCACUUAAAAACCAUAAAUAAAAGUCUUGCCUUGAUAAAUCUCUCCCUUUUUUUUUUUUUUUUUUUAAAACCUUCUUCUAUAUAUUCAGUUGGUAGCCAUAGGUGGGGCUUCUGGGAACACAGUCACAAAGGGCCAUCAGCAAUGAUUUACUGGAUGUUAUCAGCUUAACACCUUAAGGACACAUGACGUGUCAUGAUCCCCUUUUAUUCCAUAAAUUUGGUCCUUAAGGGAUUAAAAUAACAAACUGAUAUAUAUAUAUAUAUAUAUAUAUAUAUAUAUAUUUUAAAUGAUUCUUUUUCCCAUAUAUGUUAGGGCUAGACUAGCUGUCUGCUGGCCCAAAUGGGCUGCAGCCAGAUUGUUGUAUUUUUUUUUUUUUUAAAUAUCGUUUUAUUAAAGUGUUUGCGAGGUGAAUAAUUUGCAGUGAGGUUAUGAGCAGUGCGAAACACGCAGGUUUCAAUCAGUUAGAAUCUCGUUUGAGGUCUUGAGAUGCGCAGAUCUCUGAGGAUGCAAAAGUGAUUGAGACUCGCAGGUCUCCUGACACAAUAAAUCUCUAUUUACGAUAUUCACUUAACAUGUUGUAGAUUGAUUAAUUACAGUCUGUCAGGUGUGCUAGCUAUGGUCCUGUGGUUUGAGAUCGCUCACUCUGCGUUGUGAUAUUAAGAUUGUUGUAUUUUAAGCCCACUGUGGCAAGGGCUUUUGACCACUUGCCUAUGUUGCCUUUUUGUUCAUUAAACCUACAUGUGAUUGUCAUUUCCUGCUCUGAGUAUUCCAUUGUAAUUCCAUGGGAUUCCCUGCUGAAAACAGUGGCACUAUUAAUAUUCCCAUCACAUUGUAUGACUGCUGCUGUGGAGAGCAGCAAAGCCACUUUCUCCCACAAACACGCACUCAUUCAGCUUUACAUAUUUAACUGUUGGCAGUCUUUUGUUUACCCACACCCCGCUAAGGCAAACAUCACCAAAGUUAAACAAACACAAAUGCAUAUAUACCCUGCCAAGCCCUCUAUUUAUACCGUCAGUGCCAGCAAUCGACAUCAGUCUUCACUUAAAGGACAACCGACACACAACUAUUUAUUUUAAUAUAAUAACCCUUUCAUUAUUUUUUUGGGGGGGGGGGGAAAUAAUUAUAUGUUUAAAAAAAAAACAUGUGAGGAAAAACUCACCGUACCUUUUAGUACAUGACUUUUUUUUUUUUUUUUUUUUAAGCCAUAUACAUGCACCUUGGGUCGGACAGUGUUUUUGAAAACUGACAAGUAGUCUCUAUGGCAGGGAUAGGCAACCUUCAGCACUGCAGGUGUUUUGGACUACACCUCCCAUGAUGCUUUGCCAGCAUUAUGACUGUAAGAGCAUUGUGGGAGAUGUAGUCCACAGCAUCUGGAGUGCCGCAGGUUGCCUACCGCUGCUCUAUGGUCUUCCCUGCUUCACCCCCUGCACAGAAGCAGGAAAGACCAUAGAAACUGUUUUCAAACUCUGGCCAACCCAAGGUUUAUGUAUAUGGCUGAAGAAUCCGGUCAUAUACUAAAGCAGGGGUGCCCAAAAGGUAUAUCCCCAGAUGUUGUUGUAGAACUACACCCCCCGUGAUGCUUUGCAAGUCUUUAGAAUGCAGCAGAAGGACAACGCAUCAUGGAAGUUGUUGUUUUAAAACAUCUGAGAAUCUACCUUUUGGGCACCACUGUGCUAAAGAGGGGGGUGAAUUCUUCUCAAAUUUUCUAAUAAUAAUAUUAAUAAUCUAUUUCUCUUCCAAUCUUGAUUAAAGGAUUAUUAUAUUAAAAAAAAAAAAGUUUUGCGGUAACAGUUGCCCUUUAUUGCUUAUAUUUUAUAUAUAUAUUUUUUUAGAGUUAUUGGGAUUGGUAGCUGCACUGCCAACCUGCUGUAAUCCCCUCUGCUACUGGCAGUGUGCCCUAUCAGAAUUUUCAGAGCUGUUUACCUUCUUUGUCCUCAGAGUGAGUUUCGGUGUAGUGUUUGACAGGACAAAUUCGAACCUGUCAAACCAGCUUGGGAAGGUAGGGUUAGUACCACGAGUUUACCAGCCCUCCUGGUCAUACAUGUUUAAAAGAUUCUUUGCAUAAUCCUCUUGAUUCACUAUAGGUGGAACAUUUUAUAUACUGGGGACUUUGGGAAUUCAAAUAUUUACAAAAUCAUCUUGUUGGUGGGUUCGUGAACCUCUCUCCAGACAAUGGAUACUAAGAGAAGUCUUUUUCAGCUUCAAGCCAGAUGAGGAUUAAGAUGACCCCUUCUAGGAGCACAUUCGUGUUACGAAUACCAAUUUGUACUCCUAAUGCUAGUGUGUUAUACUAGCUUGUUAGAUUCAGGGCCCUGCCCAGAAGGUAUAAAAUAACCAGAUCUACUUACCUGAAUUACCCUGGCAUGCCACUAUUGACACUCCUCCCCUGGCUGAGGUCAGUACUGAUGCCCUAUCAGCCUUUUAGGUGCCCGCUCGCCCCCUCCUGUCCCAUGUCCAUGGAUGAAAUCAUGAAGACAGAUGAUCUCAUUUAAUUCCAUGCUUCCAGUUAGGAAAGCAUUGGUGGCUAGGUCGCAUGUGUGGCAGAGUUAGGCAGUCAAAUUGAGUGGUCCAGGUGCCUACAGUGUUUCUUUACACCAGGCUUCCCCAAACUCCGGCCCUCCAGAUGUUGCUUACAACCAUGAUUCUCAGCCUAUCUAUUUCAUUCAUAGAAUCAUGGGAUUUGUAGUUCAGCAACAUCUGAGGGAAGGGCUGGAGUUUUGGGGAAGCCUACUUUACAAAGUAGUGGUGCUGGUGCCAAGAGUGUCCCUUUUAAAGUGAACAUAAACUAUCGGACUACACCUCCCACAAUGCUUUGCCAGCACUGUGGGUGUCAGAGCAUUAUGGGGGAUGUAGUCCAAAACAUCUGGAGUGCCGAAGGUUGCCUAUCCCUUCCAUAGACCAUAAACAGAUUGUUUACCAUAUAGAUGAAAUAUUCAACUGAAUUUGUAGAACUGUAAACUAAUUUUCUAUUCCAAUUGGGCCCUACUUCAUCUACCCCCUUUAUAUCAAGGUAUAUUUCCCUCAACAUGUUAGUUGCCUAUUUUACCACGGAGUCUUUUGAGUGUACUAUUUUCAUCAUUAGUACUGCUUCUCCUAAUCCCAGUAUUCAUAAUCAGUUUCCAUACUUUCUCACUUUCUCAUUUAGAUGAACACUCUAUCUUAAUUACACAGACUGAUUUCUAAACACAUUUAUUGUAAUUUAAAGGGACACUCCAGGCACCCAGGCCACUUCUGCCCAUUGGAGUGGUCUGGGUGCCAACUUCCACUACCCUUUUUAUAAACUGCAAUAAUUACCUUGCAGGGUUCACUCCUCCCCUAGUGUCUGUCUACUAGACAGCCACUAGAGGGCACUUCUGUGCUAGAGCGUCGCUGUGUGAGGACCUCCAGAGUCGCUCAGUUCCCCGUAGGAAAGCUUUGAAAAGCAUUUUCAAUGCUUGCCUAUGGAGAGCUCUAAUGCGUUUGGUCUCCCUGGCUGGCGGGCAGGAUCAGUCUCCCCCGCCGGCUGAUGUAAUGAGGAGGAGCGGGGGCUACCCGAAACCACCACUGAGGAACAUCAGCGGAGGUCUCAGUUAAGUCACUGAAGGGGUUUUCACCCCUUCAGCAACCAGGGAUGGGUAGUGGGAGGGAGAGGGGACCUGCAGUGCCAGGAAAACAGAUUGUUUUCUUGGCACUGGAGCAUCCCUUUAAAGACACAUUACUGAGAGUAUUAUUGCUGUGGAGUUCUGUAAUACACUCAGACACAACAAUGAUAUGGAGCUACGAGAAAAGAGGGACGUAAGGAUAGAAAAGAGGGACAGAGGGGUUUGGGUAGAAAAUAGACUGACUGUCCCUCUAAAAUAGGGACACUUGGGAGGUAUGCUUUCUUAUCAAUAUUUAUCAUAUUCCUAUUUAUUUUUUUUUAUUUUUUUCUCCCCUUCUUUAACCCGUUAAGGACACAUGACAUCCUUUUAUUCCAGAAGUUUGGUCCUUUAGGGGUUAAUUUAACAUGUCCACUUCCCAAAUUAAGUUACUGCUUCAUGUCUGUUUCUGUUUCACUGAUUUGUGCUAAACAGUGCUUACUCGAUGAUGCUGACGUCCGUGUCAGGCUUCAUCAGGCACCUUAUCAUGUACGGUAAUUCAUGCCCCAUGACUCUGUAAAUGCCUAGUGCCACCUCAGGGGUUUCUAGUGCCAAUUGAUGUAUGUUGCUAUCAUAACAAUCUGGUCUUUAACCCUUUGCAUGCCAGGGCAGGUGAAUUAUGAGUUUACAGGAGACCUGACAUAUUAUCAGCAUUUUGCCAUGCUUACAAUGUGUACAAUUUAUCUAAAGAAACCUAUAUCUUGUUUUUUAGAAAACCGACUUGACAUUUAUGCGUAACUCGUAACUCAUCACAUAUUAUGGAAGAAAAGACACUGAUAAGCUUUGACUGUAAGGGUAGUAACAUAACUGGUGCACCAAAAAAAAAAAACAAAGUAAAUCCUUCGAACUAGUUAAUUUUGCCAUGGCUUUGGGAAGACCUUAUAUGUAUAGGAUUUACUUCAGAGUCAACUUUAUUAUCACUAUACAGUGUACAUACAAGGACAAUGAAACACAGUUUGCCUCUGAUCAGAAAUACAGCAGCAUUUAAAGUGGAAACUAUAGGCUAGGAAUACAAGCGCAGUGCAGAACCCUUUUGUUACUUACCAUUUAUCCAGCGCAGAUUGUAUAAUGAUACAUCCUACAGGUGGAGUUAACCCUUGAUAGUAAUUAUUGCAGUUUCUCAAGAACUGCAAUGAUUACAAUUGCAGGGUUAAACUGACAGGGGCACUGCACCCAGUCCACUUCAAUGAGCUGAAGUGGCAUGGGUGUCUAUAGUUCCCCUUUUAAAUAUAUAUAUUUAUUCUCACUAAAGUGAGCGCACCCCUCACAUUUUUGUAAAUAUUUUAUUAUAUUUUUUCAUGUGACAACACUGAAGAAAUGACACUCUGCUACAAUGUAAAGUAGUAAGUGUACAACCUGUAUAACAGUGUAAAUUUGCUGUCCCCUCAAAAUAACUCAACACACAGCCAUUAAUGUCUAAACCGUUGGCAACAAAAGUGAGCACACCCCUAAGUGGAAAUGCCCAAAGUGUCAAUAUUGUGUGUGGCGACCAUUAUUUUCCAGCACUGCCUUAACCCUCAUGGCCAUGGAGUUCACCAGAGCUUCACAGGUUGCCACUGGAGUCCUCUUCCACUCCUCCAUGACGACAUCACGGAGCUGGUGGAUGUUAGAGACCUUGCACUCCCCCACCAUCCGUUUGAGGAUGCUCAAUAGGGUUUAGGUCUGGAGACAUGCUUGGCCAGUCCAUCACCUUUACCUUUAGCAAGGCAGUGGUCAUCUUGGAGGUGUAUUUGGAGUCUUUAUUAUUAUUAUUAUUAUUAUUAUUAUUAUUAUUAUUAUUAUUAUUACUAUUAUUCUUAUUAUUAUUGCCAUUUAUAUAGCGCCAACAGAUUCCAUAGCGCAUUACAAUAUUAAGAGAGGGGAUUUAACUAUAAAUAGGACAAUUACAAAAAAAAUUACGGGAACAAUAGGUUGAAGAGGACCCUGCUCAAUCGAGCUUACGUUCUAUAGCAUGUUGGACUACUGCCCUGUGGCCCAGUCUCUGAAGGGAGGGGAUCAUGCUCUGCUUCAGUAUGUCACAGUACAUGUUGGCAUUCAUGGUUCCCUCAAUGAACUGUAGCUCCCCUGUGCCGGAGGCACUCAUGCAGGCCCAGACCAUGACACUCCCACCACCAAGCUUGACUGUAGGCAAGACACACUUUAGGAAGCCUCGGGCGGCGCAGCACUGCUGUAUGGAGGGCAGACGGAUUUGAGUGAGGGUAAGGACCACUAAGGGGGGGAAGAGGAUAAGGACCAAUAAAGGGUCUGGGAGAGGGAGGACCACUAAGGGGGACAGGGGGGAGUGAGAAGAGCACCAAGGGGGGACUGCAGAGGGUCAGGGGGCCAAGGGAGACCACGAAGGGACAGAAGGGGAGAACACUGAGGGACACAGGAGGGGAGAGCACUUUGAAAAAAAAUAAAGAGCUGCUCCCCUCUCAGUCCCUAUCCUACCCCACAAACCCUCUCUUUUACACAACACACAUACACAAUGCAUCCCCCCUCCACACACACAGAAACAUACAAUGCAUCCCUACUCACACACAGACACACCCGAAACACCCAAUGCAUCCCUUACGCUCACACAAACACUCAUUCUCUUACACACAGAAACAAAAUGCAUCUCUUACACACUUAAUGCACCCCUUACAGACACACACUGCAUUCAAUUACAUACAUAGAAACACACCUUGCAUCCCUUACACACACACACACACACACACACACACACACACACACACACAGAAACAUACAAUGCAUUCCUUACAUGCAAACACACACUGCAUCCCCUAUAUACACACACUACAUCUCCUACACAAAUUGGUAUCCCUAUACACUACAUUCUAUAAGAACACACACACAUUGCAUCCUCUACAAUAACACAUAAAACAUCCCCUACACACAUACACUCCACUUCCUGUGAGAGAACUCAUGGGUGGGCCAUGUAGUUGGAUUUAUGGGUGGGCAUUGUAGGCAUACUCAUGGUCAAGCCCUGGGGGCCCAGACCUUGAGCUGUGUAAGGGGCCCAAAAAAAUGCGGCUGCUUCCUGUUCGUUAAUUGUUGUGAGCACUGUUACAGUCUCCAGACAGCCUCUUCUGCACCAGGCCUGUGGAGCCAGACUGAGCCCAUCAUCUGCCUCUUGUCCUCAUCUGGUUGUAAGUAGGCAAUCCAAUAUAUUAUUAGUGGCACUAAUCUCUAAUUUACCUCACAUUAAAUGGAUACUAUAGUCACCAGAAGCACUACAGCUUAAUGUAGUGAUUCUGGUGUCUAUAGCCUGUGCCUGACAGUGUGCUUUUUAAUGUAAACACACUGUCUUUUCAGAUAAAAGACACUUUGUGCAGACUGGCGUUGGCCCAUAUGGCAGAGCAUAUGGGCAGGGCAUUGUGAUGUCACAUGGUGGGCAGGACAUAUGGGGGGGCGGCAAAUUUUUUUUUUGCCUAGGACAGCAAAAGUUAAUGAUAUAGUACUGUCUAGUAUUGAUCUGGGCUAAAGAAGGCCUGAGCAAUACUGGGGCAUCAGCCCAUGGGUUGCAUUGUAAGCAGGUUGAGGUGAUCUCCACAACAACCCAACUCCAUUAUUGAUGAAACCAGUGGCGUACAUACCAGGGUCGCAGGGGUCGCGGCUGCAACCGGGCCCGGCCCACCAGGGGGCCCGGCCGCCCCUGCGACCCGGUAUGUACGCCCAGGGCCAGCCUCUUCCCCUGAGGCUGGCCCUGUUGACCCCGGCGGGCAGGUGGCCGGUCGGGCGGGCAGGCGGGCGCGCGAGGGAGCACUCAGUGCUUCCUCUUCAGCUCCCUCGCGCACCGCACUGAUACCGGAGCCGGAAGAUGAUGUCAUCUUCCGGCGCCGGCAUCUCUACGCGGCGCGCGAGGGAGCUGAAGAGGAAGCACUGAGUGCUCCCUCGCGCGCCCGCCUGCCCGCCCGACCGGCCACCUGCCCAGGAGCCCAGCAGCAGCACCACUGGACCCCAGGGAAUCCCCCCAGCACUCCAAAAGGUAAAGAGGCUGGGGGGAUUACAUUUAAAAAAAAAAAACAUGUUUGUGUGUGUGUGAGUGUUAGAGUGAGUGUUAGUGUGAGGGUUAGAGUGUGUGUGUGUGUGAGUGUUAGUGUGUGUGUCUGCUAGUGAGUGUUAGUGUGUGUGUCUGCUAGUGAGUGUGUGUGAGUGUUAGAGUGAGUGUUAGAGUGAGUGUUAGAGUGAGUGUUAGUGUGUGUCUGCUAGUGAGUGUUAGUGUGUGUGAGUGUUAGAGUUAGUGUGUGUGUCUGCUAGUGAGUGUCAGUGAGUGUGUUACUGUGUGUGUCUUACUGAGUGUGUGUGUGUUAGUGAGUCUGUUUGAUGUCUGUUAGUGAGUGUGUGUUUGUCAAUGAGAGUGUAUGUUUUGUAAGUGAGUGCGUAUGUAUGUCUGUCGCUGACUGUGUCUCUGUCAGUAAAUGUGUGUGUCUGUUAGCUAGUGUGUAUGCGUCUGUAAGUGUGUGUGUGUGUGUGUCUUCAGCACUUACCUUUCUCCAGCGCCGGACUCCCUUGGCGCUGAGGAUCCCUCAGCCUCUCAGCUCCGAAUGCGACCGCGCACGCAUUCAAACCGCCCAUAGGAAAGCAGUACUCAAUGCUUUCCUAUGGACGUUCAGUGUGCUCCUCUAGCGGUUGUCAGUGAGACAGUCACUAGAGGCUGGAUUAACCCUCAGUGAAACAGCAGUUUCUCUGAAACUGCUAUGUUUUCAGCUGCAGGGUUAAAACUAGAGGGACGUGACACCCAGACAACUUCAUUGAGCUGAUGUGAUCUGCGUGUCUGUAGUGGUCAUACUCGUUUUCCUGGCACUAUAGUGCCCUGAGGGUGCCCCCACCCUCAGGGACCCCCUACCGCCCGGCUCUGGAAAGGGGAAAAGGGGUAAAACUUACCUUUUUCCAGCUCUGGGCGGAGAGCUCUCCUACUCCGAUCCUCCUCUUCUCCUCCCCGUCGGCUGUAUGCGCACGCGCGGCAAGAACUGCGCGCGCAUUCAGCCGGUCACAUAGGAAAGCAUUCAUAAUGCUUUCCUAUGGACGCUGGCGUGGUCUCACUGUGAAAAUCACAGUGAGAGGACAGCCGCCAGAGGAAAUAGGGGAAGGCUUAACCCAUUCAGAAACAUAGCAGUUUCUCUGAAACUGCUAUGUUUAUGAAAAAAUGGGUUAACCCUAGCUGGACCUGGCACCCAGACCACUUCAUUAAGCUGAAGUGUUCUGGGUGCCUAGAGUGGUCCUUUAAGUGUGUGUGCAUCUGCAUGCACUGGCGUACAUACCGCGGUCGCAGCCCUGUAACCUCUGCGACCAGGUGCCCACCGUCAUGUGUUGCGGCCUGGCCCGCGCGCGGGAGGGGGGGCCCACGGAUCAAUUUUCGCACCGGGGCCCCAUGGGUCAUGUGUACGCCACUGGAUGAAACGCUGUCUGUGUGUUCUCAGAAAAGUGAUGGGAUCUCUUCCUUAUUGAGAACAGGGGGCAUGUAAUUUGAUGGGGUAGUUGUGAAAAGGAAGGAAAUGAGAGAAACAUGCUGCCUAAUGUGAAGGGGUCAUGUUUAUUGGAGAAAUGGGGGGAGGAAGAUGGCGGAAUGUCUAAUUGAAUGGUUAGCCUUGGUUUUGGGUCUGUGUGUUUGCA